AAGUCUUCCCAUUUCUCGGAAAACCUCUCAAUCGCUUCCUACUAAAUCUCUUGAGAUAUAACUUACGUAUUGACUUUAUGUACAGCUCUUACGGUCUAAAGUGUCCGGUUUUGGUCUGAUAAUCUUAUAAGAGAGUUCAGCCCACCCAUCUCUGCGGAAAUACAAGUGCGUAACAGAACAGCAGGGAACUUUUUUUGUCAGCUCGUGACUGUUCUUGAAUAAAGGACACUAACCCACUCAAGGCGAUGGCAAGCGCACCCCCACUAGAAACAUCAGCAUUUGUGGGACACCCGCCUCUUCCAUCGUAUGAGGAGGCAAUGGUAUCAAACCCACAGUACCCAUCAAUGCCCCAUGCUCCAGGUGAUAUGAAGACAUCUGUACCUCAGGAUCCAGCACAAGCCUACAGCCCGAUGUAUCCAUCACCUCCCCAACAAGGUCAACCUGUCACCACUCCUGUUGUAUCUGUUCAGACCGUAUAUGUUCAACCUGGUAUGAAGUUUGGAAGUUUUCCAGUGCAGGCGCAUUGCCCAGUAUGCACACGGAACGUGAUAACUCGCCUGGAGUAUACAUCAGGAGCACUAGCUUGGCUCUCUUGUGCAGGCCUGACCAUUUUUGGUUGUUUCUACGGCUGCUGCCUGAUUCCCUUCUGUGUGGACAGCCUGAAGGAUGUGACGCACCACUGUCCAAACUGCAGCAGCGUUUUAGGAGUCUACAAGAGAUUAUGAAGCAGCUGCAGAACAUGUGAAUGCGUUGUGUAGCUUACCGACUCUGUAUUUAUUAUGAGAAAAUGUUCCAUUGAAUGCAUUCUUUAGCCAGAGUUAAUUCACUUUCUGUGCCACACUGACAUGUAUUCGUACACACACACACACACACACACACACACACACCUAAACAUACUUGUCUUUUCAUUGUAAACUGAUUUGACUUCGUAUAAGUUUAAUCUUUUUUUAAAUAAUUUUAUUUCAUUCUAGUUCAGACAUGUGUAACAUUUAUUCAUAAUUACAGUGCAAAAGUUCAUAUUUUUGUAAUCAAACUGACGUAGAAAAGUGUUAUAUAAAUAAAUAUGUAUAUGCUUUCGCACUUAAAAGUCCUAUCAUGUAUAUGUAAUGCAAUUUCUGUUUGUUCCCUCUGUUUGCUUGGCAAAUGUUAUAAAUGCUGCACCAGAACAAAAA